CACAGAGUAUCUACCUACAAUAGAGUACCUACUUUGGAAAAAACCUAAAAUUAUGAUGAAAAAAUAAGUGUUCCAAUUUUGAUUUAUGACUGAUUUUAAUAGUGAAAAUUUUAUUGAUUUCGUUUCUUACAAAUUUUUAUAAAAUAAUAUUAUUUUUUGAGCUAAGGGCUAACCCAAAUAUAAAACCUGAAUAGUUUUGGGUUGUUGUGCGUUAAAUUAUUUUGUAUCACAUUAAUUUUAAAAUGGAUCCUAUUGCUGUUUUGCAAAAUCGUAUUGAGCUAUUGGAAGCUAAGUUAGGUCUAAAUGCUAGUACACUUGAUGGCCAACAAGGAGAUUCAGCUACUGCCAAUCUUCUGAAUGCUGCUCAAACUAUUAACAACGCGACCGCUGGCCAUGAAAAGCUGUCAGAAGCCAGGAAUAUGGCAAGUGAAUUGAACAACUAUACAGACCCGAAUCUGGUUGAAAAUAUGCAACAGAAUAACAUGCAUAUGCAUGAGGUGGCUGCAGCAGAGCCUCUCAUUCAACACCAUUGCCAUUGUAUGCACCGCUGUAAGCAGGCAUCUCCAGUGUUGGAAUCGGAGCCUAUCCAGCAAGUCCCUAAGAUGCAAGCUGCUGUCAACCAAAUGCAUGUGGAAGCUGCUGCAGUGAAAGAAGAAGCUGAUAAUGUCUCUCAUGGAAUCCAAGAGUUGGCUGAAACGUGUGGUACUGCAGCUUCAAGUGCAUCAGAGCAAUUGGCAAAUGUGGCUCAGAAAGUGGAACUGGUGGAGCAGAAAAUGUUCCCCAAGAGGAGGAAUGGCCUGGAUUAAUGAGAAUCUGCAUAGCAAAUUUUUUUUUGUAAAUUGUUGGAAAUAUAAUUUUUUAUUUAAUUUAUUUUAAUAUAUUAAAUCUGAAUGUAAA